AUGGACGCCGUUCCGCUGGGGCGUAGGCGCGGCACGCCUCGCCCAUCCCGCGAGCCUCGUGCAUCCUCGGCCACCUCUGCUGCACCGAGUUCCUGCUCCGACAGUGCGGCGCUUGAGGUGGAGGCGAUCAGGGUGCUGGUGCAGAUCAUCUGGGAGGCGCUAGUGCCGAUUCUCGUGGAGAUGCUCAGCCUCGCGGAGGUGCUGGCGCUGGUCCGCGCGCAGAUGCGGGCCGCCCGAGCAGCGUUGGUCACACCCCUCGGCCUCGACCUGCAAGCGAAGCCUCAGGAGACGGAGAGAGGGAUCCAGUCUGUGGAGAACAACGCUGCCAGGCACAUCCGGUGGGCCGAAGAAAAAGUCAUGCUGCUGUCUGAGUUUACGGCCUCCGCACUUCCUGUCAACCUGGGCGCGGUCUCAGCCAACAUUUUCGAGGAGGUGCUGGAGCGACACAAGCUGCUGGAGUCCGAAGCCAUCGCCGCUCUGGCCGACGCCAGGACUGCUUCCCCCGCGUCGCCUGCAGAUGCUGCACUGCAGAUCCGGCUCAAG